UGUGUAUUGUUGUGAGGGGGAACGGGAGCAUCCCAGAACUGUCAGCUGCAGAGUGCCGCUGCUGCAUGCAUUGUUGAGGUAGGCGGGGUACCGAGGCCGCUAGCUUAGAACGCACUGCCAUUGUCCCCGCUUCAGCCCUCGGGUACCCGUGGAAACCCCACGUCAUAAGAACCAUCAAUGAGAUGCAAACAUGAAAGACAAGAGGAAGAAGAAGGACCGCACCUGGGCCGAGGCUGCCCGCCUGGCUUUAGAAAAACAUCCAAACUCGCCCAUGACUGCAAAACAAAUAUUGGAAGUCAUCCAGAAAGAAGGGUUAAAAGAAACAAGGAACGGCACUUCUCCGUUGGCUUGUCUAAAUGCAAUGCUUCAUACUAACACUCGUGUGGGUGAUGGGACGUUCUUCAAAAUCCCUGGGAAGUCAGGACUCUAUGCUCUUAAAAAAGAAGAAUUGGCUUGUGCCACAGAUGGAGCGUUGGAAGUAGGUUGUGAGUCUGAGGUAGAUGGAACUGACAUAGCAGAGGCAAGCAGCAAUGGGGAAGAAAAUGAAGUUUGCCUAAAGCAGAUAACUGAAGAAGCGUCUUCCAACAGAGACUCAAGCCUUACUAACUCAGCUGUGCAGAGCAAGCUAGUGUCUUCCUUUCAGCAGCACACCAAAAAGGCACUAAAGCAGGCAUUAAGGCAGCAGCAGAAGAGGAGAAAUGGGGUCUCUAUGAUGGUAAACAAGAGUGUGCCUCGUGUCGUCCUGACGCCUUUAAAGGUGUCUGACGAGCAGUCGGAUUCGCCUUCAGGGUCUGAAUCUAAAAACGGUGAAGUGGACAGUUCUGAUAAGGAAACUAAGCAAGGACAGAAAUCGCCCUCUGGCAAGCAAAUAAGCCAGCACUUAAAACGACUAAAAAAAUCAGGAUUAGGGCAUUUAAAAUGGACCAAAGCAGAAGAUAUUGACAUUGAAACACCGGGCUCUAUCUUAGUGAACACUAAUCUGAGGGCUUUAAUUAACAAGCAUACAUUUGCUUCCUUACCUCAGCAUUUUCAGCAGUACCUUUUGCUGUUACUCCCUGAAGUAGACAGGCAGAUGGGAAGCGAUGGCGCUUUACGCCUUAGUAACUCUGCACUGAAUAAUGAGUUUUUUGCUUAUGCGGCCCAGGGUUGGAAACAGAGAUUAUCAGAAGGAGAAUUUACACCAGAAAUGCAAAUGCGUAUCAGGCAAGAAAUUGAAAAAGAAAAGAAGACUGAAGUUUGGAAAGAGAAAUUCUUUGAACGAUUUUAUGGAGAAAGGUCAGGAAUGUCCAAAGAAGAAUCAUUGCAGUUAAUUUCUGGGCAAAACAGCAGUGAAGAUGAAAGCAGUUCACUAGAAACGUCUUUGAAUAUACCUGGGCCAUCAGCACAACUUGAUAAGAGUGCGGAGAGCAGCAGUGAAACUCCGCCCAUAGAAGAAAAGGAGGUGAUAGAAGAAUCUAUCUGUAAUAUGGAACAUAUUCCUUCUAAAGACUUGGUUACUGAUGCAGUUUUAGAGGACAUAUUAAUAUCUGAAGAAUCUGUAAUUCAGGAGGAGAUUGCUGAAGAAGUAGAAACAACCAUCUGUGAAUGCCAAGUGGAGGAUAAGAGCGAGCUUGAAUUCUCUGUGGAGUUGGCAGAUGAGAUCCCUAAAAUAGAGGAAAGUGAAGUGCCUGUUGAUAGUUCAAAGACAUGUGUUUUAAUGGAAGAUGACGUACUGUCUUUUUCAGAAGUCAAAGAAGUAGUAAAAGAAGAAGAAACAUCAGAUGUUCCUGAAAGUGAUAUGACUGAAGUUAUUAGUCAAAUAAAUGAAUGCCCAUCUCCUUCUCCAUCAGUUUCUUCUCAAACUUCCUCAAGUGAACCACUUCAGAAGGAUUCAACACCUUUGCAAGAAUUAAGUGCAUUAGAAGAGAAUGAAGUUUCCUCUGCUCCAAUGGAUCCAGUUUGCAGUGAAGAAGCAGCUACCGUGGAGAUGGAGUUGAUAAGUGAGCCAGAUGAACAAUUCUCUGAAGCUGCAUGUGUUUCUGAGACAUCAUUUUCUUCUGAGAGCCCAGAGGGGCCAUGUACUAGCAUUGCAUCACCUGGAGGUGAUACACAAUCUGCAUCAGAAGAGCCAUAUACACCUGCUUCGGUUGAAGCUUCUUUUCUCUCUGAAGUAUCAAGCUUUGAAAACAUUGAAUCAGAAAGUCAACUAAAGCAUGUAGAUGAAAGCCCACCCACUUCUGUAGCUUCAGAUGUUUCUCCAGUAUCCACUUCACCUGUGAGGUCAGAAGCUUCCCCAUCUUCUAAUCACCCCCUGACAUCAGAAGCCUCUCCUGCGUCUAAUAUACCUUUAACUUCUGAAGCAUCCCCAAUGUCAGAUGAACCUUUAACAUCUGAAACAUCGUCAGUGUCUUCUGUAGCUUUUGCCUCUGAGACAGGACUUGCAACAAACUUACCUCCAACUUCAGAAGCAUCUUCUGUUUAUAGCCCCCCUACAAAUGAUCAUCUCAUGCUUGAGCAAGGCAUUUCCCCAACCUCCUCAGAGGAAGCACAAUCACCUUCAAAGGAUGAAACUGAUGGUUUCUCAGAGUCAUCCCAAGUAGAAUCUGCAACUGUUGACCAAGAAAAUGUUGAAACUAUAAAAUAUCUUCCAGAACCAAUUAAAUCUGAAAUAUCUCUUUCAGAAGACAUUAACAGUCCUAAACCCUGUAAAUCAGAAGUAGAUAAUGAAAAACCAUAUGUAGCAACCAUAUCUGAAACAUCAUCUCCAGAUUCUAUAACCAUACAAAAUAAUACAAAUCAUUAUAGGAAAAUAGAAAACAAAUAUUUGUCUCCACCACAUGAAGAGGCUGAUGGGGGUCUGUACUGUAAGAACACUGAAUCAAUUCAGAACAAGUCUCAUGAUAAAUCAUAUGCUAGUACAGUAGACAUGUCUGGGUUCUUUGAAUCUUCCAGAAGCAAAUCCCAUAAACACCAAGGAAGUUCCCACAAAGGACUUGAAAGUUGUCAUUCUAAAUCAUUUGACUAUGGUAAGCAGUCUGAGCCUAUAAAGGUAGAAAGCCGUGAGCCUGAAAUUUCAAAACGAAAAACUGCAGAACAUAACAAUUAUGGAGUAUUCAAGGAGAAACGUCCACGAAUAGAUGAUGAUCACCCUACAAGAGUAAGUCACUCUGAGAGAGAGCGACAACCUAGAGAAGAACCCAGAGUACCACCACUCAAGAUUCAGCUUUCAAAGAUUGGCCCGCCAUUUAUCAUCAAAAGUCAACCUGCUCCAAAACUUGAAUCCAAAGUUUCUUCAAGCUCUUCUGUUAGCGGAGGAAGGAAUACUGGAGCCAGAACCCUUGCUGACAUUAAGGCAAGAGCACAACAAGCCAGGGCACAAAGAGAAGCAGCGGCAGCAGCCGCAGUGGCUGCAGCUGCUAGCAUAGUUUCUGGAAGUGUAGGAAGUCCUUGUGAAAGCAGCAAGACAAGGACACUGGCACACAUCAAGGAGCAAACUAAAGCUAAACUAUUUGCCAAGCAUCAGGCUAGAGCCAAUAUGCAACAUACUAGUAAAGAUGGAAAAUUAAAAGAAUGUCCAUUUACAAUAGAUGGGCCAUCUUCUUCGGAUGUAAAAAUUGAAAGUUCCACUGGUGUUAUUAUAGUUAAUCCAAAUUGUAAAUCUCCAAGCAACAAGUCUAGUCUUCAUCGAGAUCUGACCUCCACAUUGCAGAAAUCACUAAAUACUGCAGCCUUAUCGGAAACAGACUCUGAUGUUUCUUUACACAGCUCUAAUGAAAAUAUCCAUGUGCCACAUUCCAAUGACAAAGCAGUCACAUCUACCUCCUCUGAAGACUGCAGUAUGCCAGAGCAUUUUAAUAAGAAAAUUGGUUCAAUGUGUGUCAGCAACACCACUGAUGUUGGAUUUACAAAUUCACUUGAAAAAUCUUCAGUUUUAAUGUCUGUAGAUAGUGAAAACACUACAUCAUCAGUAUGUAACCUAAGUAUGGUAAAAUCCAUAAAGGACACUAACAUUCCUUGCAUAGCUGUUGCACCAAAAUGUACUGAUGAUACUAGCAGUCCAGCCCCAGGAGUAAAUUCUAGUGUAACCAAUUCAGUAGAUGAAACUAGAAUGCCAGUAUCAAUCAGUAGUGUUAAUAUAAUGGGCAGUCCUUACACCACUGUGCCAAUUUCAUCAAUUGGGAAUACUUUGCCAAAUCCUCAUCCUAAUAACAACUCUCUGCUGAAUUCAUCAGUGGGUACAUGCAGCCGGCAUAGUGAGAAGAUGACUGUACUUGCAUGUGAAGAAGAAAGUGCUGUAAAAAUCUGUUCUUCUGCCAGUAGAAUGUCAAAUCAAGAGGAAACAAUCAUAGAUUCUAUUACAAGAUCACCUGGCCCAUCAUAUGCUGACACAAGAACUUUAAAUUGUGAUUCCAGCCACGCCAAAAUCCAUGUUGAUAACUUGGAUAAAACUGCUUAUAGUAAUUUAACAGAUCUGCACAGUAAAAGUUUACCUAUGGCCUUAUCUCAGACUACAACAAAUAGAUCUAUCCCAUGCAAAGUAAUUGUUGAUCAUUGUACAACUCCAAAUUCAAUAUUUCCUUUUAAUAAUGAAAAUGCUGAAAACUGUACAGAGUCCCAAAACAGGGUUGAAAAGACUGAAAUUUCUGUACAAAACAAAUCACGCCCUCAAGUUUCUGUUAUUAGUAGACAGGAAAUUCUCAUGGGUGAAAACACUGAGCACAUUUCUAACUCAAACAUUGCAACGAGAUUAUCAAGAGGUGAAAGAAACAUGCCAACAACAUGCACUAGUAUUUUAGAAUCAUCUUACACAGCAGAAACAUUUGUGGAAUCUGUAGCUUGCCAACAAAACUUUAAUGAUCAGUUACGCUGCCCUCCACCAUUUAGCUGUGGUGCAGAUAAUAUGUCCAGUACUCACUACAUUCCAAAUAAUAGAAUAUCCUGGAGUGAUAAAGAGCAGCUGAACCCUGAUAAAAGCAUAGUUGACCAUUUGUCUACAACCAAGCACAUUGAGUAUUCAGAGGACUGCCUGGUGGACAACAUCAAGACGGAACCAAUGACUUAUCCUCAGAUGUCAAAUCUCUCUACAAGGAGUCCUAUUGCUAGCCUCAGUGUUGAUGUAAAAUCUGAAUCAAGUGAAUCUACUAAGUGCUUUCAAAUGGACACUGAUAUAUUUGCAUGUCAUAGUGCUACUUCCCAGACUCCUGAUAUGAACAUUAGUGUUCAGGGCACAAAGAAGCCUAUUGCCCCUUCGAGAGAAGAGCCCUUGUCAAUGGCAACAGAAAACUUAAAAAGAGUUACAACCAUGGGAAAUUCUAGCUGUCGUCUUUCAUCAGUUGAGGCAAAUAAUCCGCUGGUAACACAACUGCUACAAGGCAACUUGCCUUUAGAAAAAGUUUUACCACAGCCAAGAUUAGGAGCAAAAUUAGAAAUCAAUAGACUCCCUCUCCCUAGUAUGGUGUAUAAAACCCCUUCAUCAGAAAGAAUUAUUCCUGAAAAUUCAAACUGCUCUCCCAGUUCUGAUGGCAAAGGGUAUCCUGUAGUAAACACUAACCCUUUGCAAAUGAGGAAACGUGAAAACCAUCCUAAAAAGAGGAUGGCAAGGAAUUUAGGUGAGCAUGCUCAAAUAAAAUGUGAGCCUGGAAAGCUCUCAAUGGACACAGACACAAACCUGUCAUCUUGCAUGAUGGGUUCUAAUAUGAAUCCACUGGGACAAGGGCAGACUUUUAAACAGGAGUGGAUGAACAAACACCCUGUUCAGACUAGAAUUGCUCACAGUCCAGAGGUCAAGCAGCAGAAGAGACCACUCCCUUCUUGUAGCUUCCAACAGAACUUAUAUAAUGUUGAUAAAAAUGGCAGCUAUCAUCCGGAAGUUAGUACCCCUCAUAGGCAACAUUUUUACCAGAUGUCCAUGGCUCAGAGAGGUUCAGGCUCUUCAGCGUAUAUGCCUCAAGGAUCUAUAAAGGGCCAGCAUAGUAGCAAUGCAUUUGCUUUUAAUAGACAUUCUGAACAGAAAGCUAUGGGAGAAGCUAAUGUUCCAUCUCUUCCUCUUAGAAUGGGCAAUUCUUAUUCGCCAAACAUUCACAUUAAGGAAAGUGAUGACCUCAGCAAUGCCCAACAGACACUGCAGCAUAAAUUUUUAGUGCAUCCUUCCUUAUCUAAUUCAGAAGUCCUUUCUGAUCAAAAGCAACCAGCAGUUACUAUGGAAACCACUAAAAGACUUGGUUGGCCUCAGCCUGCAAGUAUCUGUAGCAAUAUAAAGUCUGAGCCCAUCUCUUUUGAGGACGGUUUAAACAACAGCUGUGAACUGACCAUGAAACAAGCUUCCUAUGAACAGAAUGAAGUAAAAGAACAGUUAAAAGCAUUUGCCUUGAAAAAUGCUGAUUUUUCUUCCUAUUUACUUUCUGAGCCGCAAAAGCCUUUUACUCAAUUAGCUGCACAGAAAAUACAAACACAGCAGCUGCCGCAGCAGCAAUGUGGGAGCUAUCCAGCAAUUCACUUUGGUAGCACAAGCUUCAAAAGGGCAGCAUCUGCUUUAGAAAAAUCCAUUGGAAUAUUAGGUAGCAACUCUAAAUCUGCCCCUGGACUGAGCAGCCAGAACACUCCCAUCCCUGUACAGAAAUUUGCUGACAGCAGCAGUGCAGAUGAACUAGAACUGAAAUGCUCUUGCAGGCUGAAAGCCAUGAUUGUAUGUAAAGGCUGUGGAGCCUUUUGUCACGAUGACUGCAUAGGUCCUUCAAAACUUUGUGUUGCGUGUUUAGUUGUACGGUAGAGACUGAAUUAAGGAUGCAGCAUCCCAUGUACCUUACAGCCAAAAUGGCUGUGUCAAAAUCAGUAACAUUAUUCUACACUAAUUGUCUUUGCUUUUUUUUUCUUAUUUGUAACUGACCAUGUUCAGUGUUAUUAUAUAAUUUGUUAUUAUAAUAUGUUUUGUAAGGAGAAAAUAUGUCAACAAGAGGAAACGUUUUCAUUGUUUUUCUUACUCCAUUAAUUUAUUCUAAAUCUGCAUUUGCCCAGAGAAGUUGAAAAGAUUCUCUAUAUAUAUUUUCUUUACACUGUUUGCAGGGGGAGAGUUUAUAAAUGACUUCACUCCACAAUAUUAUUACAGUGUUUUAUAAUACACAUCUUAGAUCUUUGUAAAAUGGCUUGUCCUCUAAGGAUAACUUUUUUGUCUUUUUUUGUUUUUGUUUUUGUUAAAUAGUGAUAUGUAAAUUAUUAACGAACAAAAUAUUUGAAAUGCAUGUUAGCUAGAUAUCUGCUCACUCCUUUUAUAUCCUAUAAUCUAGGAUAAGAUUUUAAUUAUGCCGGCCUUUCUGUUAGUUUCCCCAAGAACAGUUUGUUAAUGUGUCUGGAUGAAAAAAUAACUCUAGACCUUUAGUAAUGUCAAAAUUACACACACAUUGCUUGUGAUUAAUAUCGCCCUAUACAUGUUGUUGCAAAUCGAAGUGUCCUUUUUUUGUUCUGAGCAGUAGUAAGUUAAACAAAAUUAAUACGCUCAGAAUUCUGAAAAUCAUGAUUAGUGGAAGAUGCCUUUUUAAAUAAAUAAAUAAAGGUUACAAAGUAUAUAAUAUCUACUUCCGUAACACCUGAAGAUAAUUUUAGUUUUUGAUAAGCAUAUGCCCUUAAAACAAAUCUUGCUUUGCUACAAAAUCAUAAACAGAUAGGACUGUGUUUGGAUGCUGCUCCAUGUCUUGCUUGCCAUAUUGGAGAGCUUAGUUAAUUCAAAUAUAACAAUCAAUGAGAAAAUCCUAAAUUGCAAAAGAUCCAAUCAUUUGUAGAAUUUCCUUACUAAAAUCAGUGACAGCCAUCCUAGAAUUGAAUGACAGGAUGUUAAUUUCAGCAACAAGUUUCAAAAUAUAUUGAGUAUUACGAAAAAUAAUGAAUCCUGCUGGUUUUAACAGAUGAUUUGAUGUAAAUUUAAAUUAUAACAUGUGCACCCAAUAUAGCAAUUAAUUUGAUUUUUUUUCAUUAUAUAUACGCCAGUGGUUUCAUUUAAUGUUAGUGCAAGCUAAUCAUUGAUUCAUGAUUAAACUAAUUUAUUGUUUUUUCCUAAAUUCCUACCACAAAAAGAAGAGUAAGAAAUAUUAUGAUAAGGUUCCUUUUCUAUACCCGUAGCAAAUGUAUAAAGAUAAUAGGCAAUGAAAGCAUAAAAAGAGCAGGGAAAUCUAGUACUCCAUUGCCUUGAUUCCAAAAUCUAGGUUUAGUUAAAUAUUAUAUAUAUAUAAAAAAUCUUAUAUAAAAUUUGUUUUUUGUUUGUUUGUUUUUUUCGCUGCUGCUAUGUGGAAGUAAAGUUUACAAGCCAGAUAACAAUUGAUCUAAAACAAAUUGUCAGUACAUAUCGGCAAAUAAACUGUAAUUGGUCAUGUGCCAUACAUCACUAAUACAUUUUCUGUCAAUUAAACAGCACUUUAUGCAUCUUUAGUGCAAUGGUGACAUCAUGUGGUCAUGUUGACUUUUGGUGUUCCCUCCAUAAGGAAUUUAACUUUUAUACAGAUUUUACCGUACCAUUUCAUUAGCUCAUCUCUUUUUUUAUAUAUGUAAUAUUUGCUGCACUGUUCUGGCAUAUCUAAAUGUUUGAUAUGUCUGAAUUAUUAUGAUACACCACACUAAUCUCUUAAAUCUUUUAUACUGUAAUUUUAGAGCGCACAAAUUAUUUGUAAGAUUAUGCGCCAUGGGGAAUACAUAUCUUAAUGCGAUUAUGCUCUUCAACUUAAAACUCUAACAGUGUUAGUCAUGGUGAAACAUCUUCAAAUAUUUGAAAAAUCUGUUAUGCAUUGUUCAUAAAAAAUGUAAAAUUGCUUUGUUAUUGUCCUGUGCUUUUGCGAGAAAUGUACAUUUUCCAAGCAUGUCUCUAUUUUAUUAUUUUCUGACACAAUCCUUUCCUCCUGAGGUUUUAACCUUUGUUUUAUUUAGCAUUCUUUCCAUAGUGCAUUUUGCACUGCCCUGACGCGUGUUCACCAGCUAAGCAUUCUUUACUCUUUUUCCUAUGUCUAUCCCCUUGCAUGACUGUCAUAUAAACUUCAGUGUAUAGACCUUUUUUUGUUUUGUUCCACUUAGUGUAAUGUUUAACCUCAUUGUUACAUGUAUAUUGUUUUGAUUUAUUUGAGCUUUUGUCUAUAUUUAUUGACCAAUAGAAUGAUACAGAGUGUAAGUCUCUUCGUUUUGUAUGAGUAUUCACAGAAAAGGGAACUAAUUUAUAUGGCCUGACACUGAAAGGUCCUUUUAUAUUAUAAACUUUUGUGGUGCUUUGAAAUAAGUCAGCAGUGGCAUUCACAUAGGAGUAGAGACCUCUUAAAACACAUACAUUCACAAUGUAAUUUUUUUUAUUGUGGUUGGUAAAUAUGCUGUUUGCUUACCUUUGUCAGGAGUGGCUGUGUUUUCAAUUCACAUCAAGAGUUUGAUAAGUUUCUAUUAUGUUGAUCAAUUUACAAUGAUCCAUUACUUUUUGUUAAACAUUUUGCAAAUGAUAUUGUUUCCACAGUUCCAACCAACCAGUGGUAUAUAAUGUAAACAAAGCUGCUGCUUUCAGCAUAUUUGUCUGUAAUAUUUAAUAGUUAUUGUAUAAUUUAGUCCAUAAAAUAAUAUGGUAUUGGUAAUAUGCAUCUGAAAAAAAGUUCAUUUUCUUUUGCCAUCCUUUUGUUUUUGUACUGAUGUAAAAUAUUUUAUUUACAGCACACACACAAACUUCUACACAGUUUUAAUGUUUUUGACUUUCUGUUCAGUAUUUUUUGAAUGUUUACAUGCUUGCUGUCAGUCUUUUAAAAUUUUAAUCAACAAAAUAUUUUUUCUCUGCAGUACUUCAUUUGUUAUCAAGAGAUUUUAAGGGGCAUUGUACUUAAUUUGCUAUAAAAAAAAUAGAUCUCCUUACCCUCAAUAAAAAAGCCUUUAUUUUGAUGGCUUGUCUCCUUUACCAAUAGAGCUGAGAGGGUUAUGCAUACCAGACAGAGAUUAAUGAAUACUUGGUUAUGCAACAUACAUUUGAUGCUAGUUUCAGUAAUAAAUGAAAAUAUUUUUGAUUAACCUUUUUCCAUGCAAACAUCUGUUUUAAAAUGUUUCAUUCCUAUUCAUUCACAUUCAUAAUUGAUAUUGUGAGUACAAUAUUCCUUUAAGUGUUAUCAUUUUGUUGGACAAAAGCAUAAUGGGUCAUCUGUGGCAGUACAAUGUAAAAAUGUAUCAUAGAUGGAAGCUUACAAUAAAUCUGUUGUCGGCAGAGCUCUGCUAUGUGAUUGUUAGUUAUAUAUAAAUUCUCUUACGCCUUAUUGUCAUAUCAGUCAAAACAGAAGGGGCUAAGCAGCAUCAGGACAUCCGUGUGUUAGUAGCAAAAACACCCCUUCGUUUUUCUACCAAAGAAACUGUUUUUCUAACACUACAAUCUCAUUUAUAUUUUGAUUUGAUCAACAGAGGGAGCUAUUGGUUCCUUGAUAAAGCUCUGCUUCCUGAUUUGCUUAAUGCUUGCAUUGCUACCUGACUAAAAUGUGACCACAAACAUUUUGUUACAAUAAUAAAACUAAGACAGUAUUUUAUUUAGAAUUCAGGGAUCAUGUGUUCUUUAAUGGUGCUUUUAUUUUAAUUUUUUUUUUUUUUCCUAACGGUUUUCAAAACUUUUGCCUACAAAAAAUGAUUUCUCAUAGUGCUAUAACUUAUUUACAUGUCUCAUGUUUUCUCUUUUUUUUUUUCACUCUCCAUAAAAAAAUGAGCGUCUACAGAAAAUAUUUAAAAAAAAAUAAACUAAAAUAUGAUUACA